AUGGCUGUUGGGAUCCCUGUAUUCGUGGAAAAUAUUCUAGCUGUAAUUGUCUUACUGAGAUGUCGAAACAUGAUAGUACAGAUCCGAACUCUCCUCUUAAAUCUCUCCAUUGCAGACUGCAUGACAGGGUUGGUGCUAACUGUUCCAGAUUACGCGUACGAGUUGGUUUUUCAUUGCAGGAUAAAGAAAUAUUUGGCAGCUACUAUUGUGUUUGGUACCUUCUUCAUCAUCUCACUCCUGAACUUAGACAGAUGUCUCGCUCUGUUUUUCGGAAUAAGAUAUUACAUGAAAGUAACGGCUUUCAGAGUUAGGUUGUCUUGUGUGUCCGCGUGGUUUCUAGCAGUUGUGAAUUCCUACUUAAUGUACUUUGACCCGUCAGAGCCAACAGGUAUAUACUGUUCAAUGAUGUUUUCAUCACCUCAUAAUUUUGGCACUGCCAUCUCCAGGGCAUCGAUAAUGAUAUUUGCUUUCAUUAACAUAGCAUUCCUAGGAUUUAUGUUGUACAUGUUACCUAAGCAAGCUACUAGCAGAGUUCUGUCUAAAAUGGCAUUAAUUACUGGAUUUGCAUUGGUUUGUUACACCCCGGCCUUAUUACUUCACGCUUUUUUCCCCAUGGAAGACAAUUAUUAUCGUAGACUCAUUGCUUACACAGGAGUUCUAUUGUUUUCUAACAGUAUAUUUAAUCCUAUCCUGUAUGUAUGGAGAUUUAAGGAAGCUCGUCACUAUGUCACCAGAAUUUUCUGUUUUUGGAACAAGAAGUAUCUAGAAAAGUGUGAUAAGGAUUGGAAAUUCCAAACUGCAACGUUUGAUAUUUGUUGUUCCAAUUCUGUUCAGUUUGAUCGGAGUGCAUAG